AUGUUCUCCAGCCCAUCUAACAAUGCUCGUACCAUGCCUUCUCCUGAUAGCAAAAUGCUGAAUCCAAGAGUCGUCGAUAAUCCAAAGAACAAACCAAUUCCACCCAACGCAAUACCAAUGGGGAGAAACUGGAACAAAAAUGACGAUAUUGCUGCUCUCCAUGUCAUGUAUCAAAAAGUAGUCGAGGAGAAUGCCGAAGACUAUGCUCAGUCGGAUGGAAAGAAGGUAGUAAGCCAAAGGAUCGCAAAACUCUUGGAAGCGAAAGGGAUUCGUUUCGUUCGCCAUAAUCUCGAGAAAGAGUGUUGGGAAGACGCACCACCCACAAGUGUCUUGAAAAAAAUAUCAGCUGCUUGUCGAAAAUGGAAGAAUGCAAAAUCUUCUUGUCUUCAACAUCCUGCAAAGCCAAAACAGACCAAAAGGAAAAAGGACGUUUGUCAUUCCAUAUCAAACGAUCUAGACAGCUCUCAAGAAGUCAUUCGGACAAGCACUACUACUCAUAUUACUACUGUUUCGGAAUUACCAAUUUCAACUCGAAGAUCAUCACGGGUUGCAGCAACGGGAAGCACAGUAGUCAUUGCCCAAACGAGCAAAAUGGCGAACGCCCAUGAAUCAAAGGUCGCUUCUACAGGAUCCCAUGUUCCGGUCGAAGACCCAAACAUGCCAGUUCAUGAAACCACUGCCUGGAUCAAAACCAAUCACUUGGGUGGUCUGGUUGCCCAUCUCUUCCCACAAUCCCCAGGAUCACCCCUUCGAGCUGUCCCAGUGGGGACUGUUUUCGAACCGAAUCCUUUGCCCCAAAACAACUAUGGUAUUCUCAACUCCACAACCUACAGCUCUCCGCAACUUGGCGCAUUGUCCUCUUACCAAAAGCUAGGAUACAACUGGACAGAACCUCAGCGGCUAGUGAAAAGUUCAAACAAGCGAGAUAUUGAUUCGAGCACAGGAUACCCAACAAAAAGCAAAAAGGCUCGCAACAACGGCGAGGAAGCGGCAGAGGAAACAUAUUCUCAUAUCCCAGUAGCCACAAUCUUGCCUUCAUCAGACUAUCAACCUCUUGAAACAAGUUCACAUAUCAAAUCACUUGUGACCACUGAGGAACUUCUCACUCCGAUUGCUUCCCGUGACGAUGGCCACAAGGAAACGAAGGUAGAAAAAGGCCAAGCAGAAGCAGGUAUUGCACAAGAAUGCGUAACUCCAGACCUGGGAAUCGACAAAGAAACGCUACAAGAAAAAGGCCAAGGGGGAGAAGAUGUUUCAGGAGAAUGUGUAACUCCAGACUUGGAUGUUCCCAGUGAUAUCCUUGGCUCACUCGGAGAGGGCGAACCUUGGUGGUCUGGAAUGCAAACCGACCAAAAUUCCUUUCUCGCUGAAACCGAUAACCUGCUUGACCAAUCCCCAUUUGCAUCCUUCGAACCAUCUAGCCCCAUGGGGUUGUCUGCCACCCUACAGUUGCUUUCGGAUUUUGAAGAAGAUUUCGAAAACUCGACCUUGUCGAAGUUAUCAGCAUCCUUCAGCAUUCCACAUUGCCAGUUUGAAAAUUUGGAAGAUCUUGACUCGACUUUGCAAAGUGUUGAUAUGGAUGUACUUGCAAGUCCUGCCAAGCUGGAUCCGGAAGUAACAACCCAGGAGUCUUGA